AAAUAUGCAGGGAAUUGAUGAGUGGAAAGAACGAAUUAGAAAAUUGUUCAACAAGAUUGAGAUUUCGGUUUCGCCUUACGAUACUGCUUGGGUAGCAAUGGUUCCUUCUCCAUAUUCGUCUCAUCUCCCGUGUUUUCCUUCAUGCAUAGAUUGGUUAGUUGAUAAUCAACUUAUUGAUGGUUCAUGGGGUCCUAAUCAUAAUGGUCAUGUGCUUAUUAAAGAGGCUUUAUCAUCAACCUUAGCAUGUGUGCUUGCACUAAAACAAUGGGGAAUUGGUCAAGAACAUGUAAAUAAAGGUCUACAAUUUAUUGAGUCAAACAUAACCUCAGCUAUUGAUGAGAAUUUGAGUUCUCCUAUUGGGUUUGAAAUAAUAUUCCCCCAUAUGAUAAGAUCUGGUGAAGAACUAGGACUCAAUGUUCCUAUUUCCCCAAAGUUUUUGGAUGUUAUGGUUAGCAAGAGAGAGUUGGAGCUCAAAAGUUACUUCCCAUGUCUUCAAUUUCCUUUCCUUAGGUGUUUAUCAGAAGGGAGAAGUUCCUAUUUAGCUUUUAUUUCUGAAGGAAUAAAUAGGAGUUCAAAUGACUGGAAACUGGUUAUGAAACACCAAAGGAAGAAUGGGUCAUUGUUCAACUCUCCAUCCACCACAGCAGCAGCCUUCAUGCAUCUUAAGGAUACUGGUUGUCUUAAUUACCUUCGUUCAGUAACAGAGAAGUUUGGAAGCUCUGUCCCAGUUGCAUAUCCUCUGGAUAUAUAUGUCCGUCUCUCUAUGGUUGAUCAUCUUAUAAGACUUGGAAUUGAACGUCAUUUUGCUGAAGAAAUUAGGAGUGUUUUGGAUGAAACUUAUAGAUAUUGGUUGCUGAAUGAUGAACAAAUAUUUCAUGACAUUGCAACAAGAUCCAUAGCAUUCAGAUUGUUGCGUCUUAAUGGAUACAUUGUUUCUUCAGAUCGGUUAACUCUAGUUUCAAUUGAAGAUGAUUUCAUUUUCCUUGAACAUCACCCAAAGACAAUUGAUGAUGCUCUUGAAUUAUACAAGGCUUUGCAGUAUACUCAAGAAAAUCAUCAUUUGUGGUCUUCUGAGUUCCUCAAGGAGAAGCUUUCAAGUUGUAUGAUCAACAACAAUGGUCUUGACAACUAUAUCACCCAUUCCAUGGUAGAUGAUGCUUUGAAGUUUCCAUUCCAUGUAGAUGUAGGACGCAUGGCUAAUAGGAGAAACAUUGAGAAGUACAUGGUAAAUCACUCAAUGCUUCUAAAAGCUUCAUACAGUUCUUCAAAUAUCGGUAAUGAAGAUUUCCUGAAGGUGGCUGUGGAAGAUUUCAACACUUGUCAAUAUAUUUAUCGUGAAGAACUUGAAAAACUCAAGAGGUGGACCUUACAAUAUAAGUUGGAUAAGCUAAAAUUUGCGAGGCAUAGAACAGAGUACCAUUACUUUUCAGCUGCAGUGGCAUUUCCUUCUCCCGAUCUUUCUCAUGCUCGCAUUUCUUGGGCCAAAAGUGCUGUGCUCGCCACUAUGUUUGAUGACUUCUAUGAUGUAGGAGGCUCUGAAGAAGAAUUGAAGAAUCUUACACAACUGGUUGAAAAGUAUUACUUUUCCUUUUUUAUAUUAUUUUCAGUACUCCAUAACACAGUUAAUGAUAUUGGAAGUAAUGCAUUUGAGUUCCAGGGAAGGUCAGUUACCAGUCACAUAAUUGAAUUGUGGUUGGAUUUUCUUAAUUCUAUGCUGCAAGAAGCAAUAUGGAGGAGAAGUAAAUCAGUACCAACAAUGGAUGAUUACAUCUCUAAUUCCUUUGUGUCAUUUGCAUUGGGAGCAAUUGUUCUACCUGCUCUCCAUUUUGUGGGUCCUAAGUUGUCAGAUGAAGCUGUUCACAGUUGUGAAAUGCAAACUCUUUACAAACUUAUGAGCACUUGUGGCCGUCUCCUGAACGAUAUAAAGGGAUUCGAGAGAGAAUCAAAGGAAGGCAAACUGAAUGCAGUAUCACUCUACAUGGCUGAAAGAAACGGAGAGGCUACAGAAGAAGAGGCGAUAGAGAAUCUGAUGGGGAUUGUAUUACAACAGAGGAGGGAGAUUUUGGGAUUAGUUUUGCAGCAGGAGGAAGGAGACUUAAUUCCUAGAGCCAUUAAAGAAGUAUUCUGGAAAAUGGUUCAGGUUUUGCAUAUCUUUUAUGCUAAAGAUGAUGGGUUCACAUCCAAUGCCAUGGUUAAUGCAGUGAACUCAAUCAUAUAUCAACCAAUUUCCCUUCCUCAAAUAAAAUGAUGUUAAAUAGGAAAUUGGGUAAGUUACAUAAUAUGAUAAACUUUAGGGUUAAAUCAACAAAAUACUCUUUGCUUUGUGGUUUAUUGCUCAAAUAUUCUCAACAAUCUAUGGCAUGUACUUUUCUGUUGUUACUAUUUCUGCAGUAUCAAUCAAUUAGCUAUAGUUUCAUUGAUCUAUGAAUUAAAGGCAUAAUUAGUGAAUAA